GAGCCAACAUACGUGGAUCUCAUUUGAAUCGAAUCCGCUAGGUCACUGCUCAAUGGCCAGCUGGUUGAGGUUGGUCGAAUGGGGGGCCAAUCAUAAGACCUGACAGGAGCGGCAUUCAUCAUUUAUUUUGAAACCCAUGGUGACGUCAGGGAUUCAAUGGCUAUUUUACUGGAAUCCAAGCGAAAUCCUGCAUCCCAUCCUCUACUAAAUACUCAAUCAGUACCCAGCCAGCCCCGCUCGUAGCCCCUCAUGGCCUCUGAGACUCGCAGACGUUCCGGCAGAUUGGAAGCACAGAAGGAUGCUUUCGCAGAGUCUGCCAAGCGGCAGGUCUCAGAUGCUGGAGGAGUAGCCAGUGAAGCAGUGACGAGCGGCGCGUGGGCGUACCCUAUCUUGGGAGUCUUUUAUCUCGUGUCGCACCCAAAGGUUGUCAAACCCAUCAUGCCCGCCUUGGUCAGAGGUACCAUCAUGUCAUUGAUGACUAUCGGAGCAUUGUUCACCUUCACCUAUUUACCCCAAGUUGCUGUGCUUGCUUUCGUCUCUGGCCCUCUCGCGUUCGUUGCUGCCAUUCCACUCGUUCUUGGGGAAAGUUAUGUAGUCAUCAAUUUUCUCCUCCGAGCCUUCAUCUUUGGUCAGCUAGGAGAGGACCUGUUUGACAUGGUCCUGGUCCAAAAGGGCCAGUCAGCGCUCGUUGAGCGUGGCCGACAAGUCACUUCCAAGGGCGGCAAGACGAUGCAGCUUGGCAAGAUGAUUACCAAACCCUUGUCACGAUUCAGCACGGACAACAUUGUCCGAUACGUCUUGACUCUGCCUCUCAACUUUAUCCCUGUGGUUGGAACAGCCUUCUUCUUGGCCUUUAAUGGUUACAAGAGCGGCCCAGGGUAUCAUGCUCGAUACUUUCAGCUCAAGGGCUACGACCGUGAGCGUCGACAAGCGGCUAUCAACAAGCGUAGGGGAUCCUACACUGCCUUUGGCGUCGUCGCCAUGUUACUCAAUCUUGUCCCCGUGGCAUCUAUCUUCUUCAAUUUCACGUCGACCGUCGGCGCGGCGAUCUGGGCAGCCAACAUUGAGAACAAGCAAGAGGUCAACCCCGUCCAGGAGGUCGCUUCCGCCGCUAAGGAUGGAUCGGCCAAAGACGCGGUGGACGCGACCAUGUCCAAAGACAGCAAGAAGGAGCUGUAAAGGCCAAGAAUAUGCAGAAUGCAUGAGAUGUAGCAUGA